AUGGCGCUUCGCACGACCCUUGCCCAACUUCAGGCGCAGCCGCAAGGCACACCCUCUGCACUCAUGCGUGGGCUUACUAGAUGGAAGCAGAGUGUGCGUGCGCGAGCUGCAGAUAUCUCAACACGACCAGGAGAGGCGCCUAUGGCUGAUGUGGCACGAAAGACAUUCCGACACUGGCGAAACGAAGAGACAGGACAUUGGCAACCACCCAAGUACUCACAGCGUCGGCAGGCGCAACUCGUGCGUGCUGCCUACAAAAUGGGCACAGAGGACUCGGUCGUAUCGAGUCCAAAGUUUGCGCGGUAUGCGCAACGGAUGGAAAGCAUGCCCACGCACGAAGUGCUUGUGGGCUGGCCCACGGUCACUUGGCCGACGUUGUCUGCCGAAGAAGAUGCAAACGAGGCACGUCGCAUUGCACGGACAUAUGAAGCACAUGGGCCGUAUGCGGGUCGUUCGGCCGCACGCAUGUUUAAAGGCAAAAAGGGCGAGCGAGAAUCAUAUCAACGGCGACAGCGUGUACAAGAGAUUAUGCGCACUAUGGAUGAUACCAUCGCCGAAUGGCGCAAGGCAGACGCGCGUGCCAAGGAGAAGCCCCUUUCGCCUUUGUAG